AUGCUCUCGACACCUCAGAAGGUGUUGAGGGAAACUUUGAGAGCUAGGAUGAGCACCUCUACGUUUGAUCUGAAUAAGGUGUCUGAGGGAAAAGAUAUUUACGAGGAUAUUGAACCCGAUGAUGACGAAGACAAUGCUACAGAACCUGACGAUCCGGAGGAGGAGCAGCGGGGUAGACAGAUGAGUAUUCUUACGGAGGAGAAGAGAGAGAUUAGGAGGAUUAGGGGACGAGAGAGUUAUGCUAGGAGAAAGGAGGCAUCGGCAAAAUUGGGUAGCACGAGCCAGGCACAGACACAAAAUGGGGAUGCAGUCCUCGGUAGACUCGAAUGCGUUGCAGGGAGCGAGAAGUCAACUGAUCGCCUAACUCCUAGACCAUAUAGGAAGAAGAGAAAGUCCGAUGCCGACCACGCCUAUCGUCCUGUGUCUUCUGACAGCGAAUCUGAUGACGAGGAAACAGGGACUCCCAAGAGGGCUAAGAGGAAAAUGUCCAAUCGGAGGUUGGCUUCUACGGUUACGGGGGAGGCAAGAGCAAAUGAGCACUUUCCAACACCCCCCAAGAAGCAGCGAAUGCGGGCCUCCGACUCUGCCGAUACGGGAUCUACGGUUGUUAGCAAGUUUAUUGAAGGAAGCAUGAGAGAUCGUGCAAGUGCAAUUCCUCCUAAAGAUAUCAUUGGGCUGCUCCCUAGCUCUUCCCCGAACAGACAUGAGGGCGAGAUCGCAUAUGAACCGGCACAGAGACAGAGCACCGACAGCACUGGCAGUGCUGCUAUGAAUUCUGCAAGCCCAAGUCUACUUGGUUCGAUAGGUACUGCAGCAGGUGCUCUGAAUCCGUUCAAAUUCGCUCAUCGUAUCAAGGACAUAUGGGAAAAACAGAAGGCUGAAUACAUUGCUCAUGAGCGGAAGAAGAGGAUGUUGGCCGAUCGGAGAAAGAGGAGCGAGAAGGCCUAUGAAGAAAUGAAGAGACUUGGUGCAGCCCAGGGAUUUACUGGGAAUGCUGCUGCUGUUGCUGGUGCGAAUCAGAUCAGGUUUAGGUACGAAGAUUAUGUGAUGGCAGGAAUGGACGGCAAUCAUGAGGAUAUCGGGAUGGCUCUGGGCACGGACUCAGGCGAUGAGGUUUCUGUUGGAGAUGAUGCAGCUGGCGCUAGUGAGGAGAAGGGGAUAUCAGGAGUGACUAAUUCCGUUAGAAGUGGAAUGGCUAUUUCCGUCGAGCAGCGCAACAGUGGCAGUGAGCGGAGUGAAUCUGGGGUUCGAGGGGAUCACUCUAUGAGGUCAUCACUGUCGGAUCAUUCUCGCGCAUCGUUGACUUUUCCUAGAGCUUCCGAUCGCCGAAGCGGUAGCACCAGUGGACGGAAUGCCCGUCAUUCCCGAACGUCCUCGAGAAUGCUCUCUCCCCCCCCUCUUGCUGAGGGCGCCGCCAACAAGUUGAACGGAGUGGGGACAUUAGUCAAGAAGAAGAGCAAAGUCUUCGUCAACUCCAUUAUCGGAAAAGACGACAAGAAGGAUGACAGCGCAACGAAGGGGGAACGCGGUCCAACAAAGCGCGAACUCAAAAAGCAAGAACGACUAAGGAACAGAGUCAGCAACCUGGAGGAGCAACUGGAAAGGGCCAGACAAGAACUCGAAAUCGCCACCCGGGGAGCCAAUGUCCCACCUGUCCCGCAAAUACCAGCACGCAUCACAAACUCCACUGUCAGGACCGUCGCCACCACCGACCCCGAGACACCCCAACAGCAAAACCCCCGACGAAGCAACGACGAAGCAACAAACCGGUCCGACAUCGCUGAAGGCGAAGAAACGGAAGUGGACGAUAACGAGGUGGAUGAGGGAUUCUCAGUGGUCCCACUCUCACCAGUCAUGAACACUAGUUUCGGCGGAAGCUUCAAUGCCACCGCCAUGGCCGGGAUGACGAUUAUCGAGAGUCUCGGCGAAGCCAAUCACACUUCUACCCCCAGGAAUGCUCGUCGGCCGUAUUCACUUGGGUCAGGAUUGCGCACGCUGCCGAAGAGGGCCUCUACGCCCGUGUUGGGGAAUUUGAGUGGUGGUCGUGGUAAUAGUGCUUCGGCGGCGACAGCUGGUCGUGGAGUAGGUGGCGUUAAGGGCGCUCGCCAUUCUCCGCCGCCCCCGGUUCCUGACGUUGGGAGUGUACCGCCUGUGCCAAGGCUUUCGAGGAGGGCUAGUGGGUUGUAG